AUGAGCGUCAAAGAGUAUACCCUGGAAUUCAACCAGUUAUCCUGUUAUGCUCUGGAAUUAGCAGGCAAUAUGCAGGCCCAUAUGAGAAAGUUUACAUCCGGUCUCUCAGAUGACUUGGUGUUAGAGUGCAAAGGAGCGAUGCUGAACAGAGACAUGGAUUUCUCUAGGUUGUCUGUUCAUAUGCAACAGGUGGAGAAGCAGAAGAAAAGGACUGGCAGUGGGCCUGGUGUGCAGGGUGCUCAUUCACAGGGGAGUGUGGCUCCACAUUUUAAACCAUAUCCUCAUUGUACAAAUUGUCAAAAGAAUCAUCUAGGAAGGUGUAUCUAUGGGGAAUAUGUGUGUUACAAUUACGGUAAAUCAGGUCAUUUCAAGAAUGACUGCCCCACUAUUAGAGGAAAUAUGGGGAAUGCUAGGCCCCAAGCCAACACAACAGUGCCACCACCACCUCCUAAGGGUACUACUUACGCUAUCGGAGGCAGUCGCAAUUGA